UCGAACUGUCAACAGUGUCAAACACCUAUUUCAAAUACUGUGGUUGAAAAUGAACACGUCGAAACUGUUCACCACCCUCAAAAGACACUUCUGUAACGUAACCCUACAAGAACUCGCAGUCCAGACCUUCUGCGACAUCCAGGUAAACGUACCCUUCAAAGUUAACGUAAAACCCCUUGAUGUACACGAGCACCACAAUUGCGACCGCUUGAAAAUCGAGCUACUUGGGAUUAAAAGCGGCCGUGAUACCCUCAAACACAUACAAGAUGGUAACAACAUUAAGAUUUUUUCGUCGACGGAGGACUACGAUGAAAAUAUCACGUGCAAUAUUCAAGCCCCGGUCAAAGCUAAUUUAAAUGUGCAGGCACAUGGGGACGUUUGUGCUGGGGCAUUCGGCGGCUCGAAAUUGGUUCUACAAUCGCGCAAAGGCAACAUUUUCGUUAAUAAGUUUCAAGGUGAUUUGUUUAGCGUGACUACUCAGAAUGGCGAUAUUGUGUUGAAGGGGGCUGUCGUGGCGACUGAUAUUAAAGUGGUAGCUGAUAUAGGGAAUAUUAAAGCUAAAAGACUGCAGGGGUUGGACGCUCUGGUGAAAACUAACGAAGGAAAUAUCACCGUGGAAUCAUCCUACUGUGAUAAAGGGGUCUUUGAGGGGCGCAACGGCGAUUUUAAUUUACACAAUAUACACAAAAAUAGCGACGUGUGUGUUAAAAAUGGAAACCUGAAUCUAACUGGUUUGGAUGGCCACAUUAACGCACAAUUGGAGAACGUUAAUGCAGACAUUCAAAUUUCUCGAAUUUUGGAAAAUUCGAAAAUCACUGCAAACAACGGCGAUGUCAAGCUUCAGCUAUCUGAUCACUGCCAAGACAACACAAUGUUUGAAAUAAAGACAGACAAUCACGUUUUAGACCCCAGUAUUAGGUUAAUUCCUAGUAAAAAUGAUAAAACUUUGUUUUUAAUGCCUCACACUGAACAGUACAAACACCUUCUAGUUGAAUCUAAUAACGGAAAAGUUUCCAUUCAUAGUGCGUCGUGGGCAAACAUGUUAAAACUGAAAUUCAACCAAAACAAAGAUUAAAACAUUAAAUAAAUUUAUUUGUUUCUUCUUGA